GGAACCCGCGGACCCCAACGCGCCUGCGCUUUCUCGUGUGCGUGGCUGCGUCGCGCGUUCUUCCGGGAGCUGCCGGCGCGGCGGGUCUGCAGUCGGCUCGGCUCUGACCGCCGAGACCCGUCCCCGGCCCGGCAUGAACCGCUACCUGCUGCCGCUGUCGGCGCUGGGCACCGUAGUAGGCGGCGCCGUGCUGCUCAAGGACAGUGUUGCCGGUGGGGUUUGCCCCAGCAAGGCCACCAUUCCUGGGAAGACGGUCAUUGUGACGGGUGCCAACACAGGCAUAGGGAAGCAGACCGCCUUUGAACUGGCCAAAAGAGGAGGCAACGUCAUCCUGGCUUGCCGAGACAUGGAGAAGUGUGAGGCGGCGGCCAGGGCCAUCCGCCGGGAGACCCUCAAUCACCACGUGAAUGCCCGGCACCUGGACCUGGCCUCCCUCAAGUCCAUCCGAGAGUUUGCAGCGAAGAUCAAUGAAGAGGAGGAGCGAGUCGACAUUCUAGUCAACAACGCGGCCGUGAUGCGGUGCCCCCACUGGACCACGGAGGACGGCUUUGAGAUGCAGUUUGGCGUGAACCACCUGGGUCACUUUCUCUUGACAAACUUACUGCUGGACAAGCUGAAAGCCUCAGCCCCUUCACGGAUCAUCAACCUCUCGUCCUUGGCCCACAUUGCUGGGCACAUAGACUUUGAUGACUUGAACUGGCAGACGAGGAAGUAUGACCCCAAAGCCGCCUACAGCCAGAGCAAGCUGGCCAUCGUCCUCUUCACCAAGGAGCUGAGCCGGCGGCUGCAAGGCUCUGGCGUGACUGUCAAUGCCCUGCACCCUGGGGUGGCCAGGACAGAGCUGGGCAGACACACAGGCAUCCAUGGCUCCACCUUCUCCAGCACCACGCUUGGGCCCAUCUUCUGGCUGCUGGUCAAGAGCCCCGAGCUGGCUGCCCAGCCCAGUACAUACCUGGCCGUGGCGGAGGAACUGGCGGAUGUUUCCGGAAAGUACUUUGAUGGACUCAAACAGAAGGCCCCAGCCCCCGAGGCUGAGGAUGAGGAGGUAGCCCGGCGGCUCUGGGCUGAAAGUGCCCGCCUGGUGGGCUUGUCCCAUGUGUCCUCUGUGAGGGAGCAACCCCUUCCCAGAUAACCUCUGGAGGACGUUUGAAAGCCAGGAUGGAGCCACAAGACCGGGGACCGCUGUCCAGCACGCCCGCAGCUUCCUGGCAUCACCUGAGCGGUGAGACGGAGGACCGCAGGCCUCCAUGCCCACAGCAUCCUCUAGGGGGCGGUGUCGGCACCGCCUGAGCCGGGAGACCCAGGACUGCCGGCUGCCCGGCCUGCAGGUGGGCACUGCCCUGGGCUCUGGCUGGUCCCGUGUGCACUGCUGCCAGCAGGGGAGCAGGGCCAUCUGAUACUUCCUAAACUGGGUACGGCUGAGGAGGAACUGUCUCUGUACGCUUGAGGGCGAUGUCAGGGGAGUCAGCUGUGCCCUUGGGGGCAGGCUUCAAGGUGCUCCGUGAAGAGCAUGGGCAAGGUGUCUGACACUCGCUGGAUUCCUGGGUCCCUGUAGGACGUUGUGCACGCGGGGUCCUCUCUUGAGCCUUGGUUUCUCCAGUGGCGAGGUGCUCAGAAUAGCUGCCGCCUCCUGUGAUGCCAUGUGGUGUGGUGAGCUGUUGCGUGGCUGUGCACAGCCCCUGCCAGAGGUGCUUGCUGAGGGCUUCCUGUGCCAGAUCCCGGCCAGAGAGCAGCUGCCAUCCGAGUUCAAGCUCUGCCUGGAAUGGACUGGGAACUCCACCAGCUGCUGCCAAGGACCCGGGAGUGCCUGGGGUUCCCACCUUCCUGUCAGUUCUCAUGGUAAUGCAUCCAAACUGCAGACUCUCAAACUUGCUCAUUAAAAAAAAAAAAAAAAAAAAAAAA